AUGAAAAAGAUUGCCUGCCUGCUGAUCAUUGCCGGAUGCAUCGGGUGCCAUCCGGAUAAGAAAUGGAAACUUACCUGGAGUGAUGAAUUCAACUACCAGGGGCAUCCUGACUCUUCAAAAUGGACGGCUGAAAUGGGCGGACACGGCUGGGGCAACAAUGAAUCGCAAUAUUAUACCUCCGGACGGCUGGAGAAUGCAAGAGUGGAAAAUGGAAUGCUGAUCAUCGAGGCCCGGAAAGAAAAAUGGCAGGAAAAUGAUUACACAUCGGCACGGCUGAUCACAAAAGGAAAGGGUGAUUGGCAAUAUGGAAAAAUCGAAGCAAGAGCCCGGCUUCCGAAAGGACGCGGCACUUGGCCGGCGAUCUGGAUGCUGGCGUCGAAAGAUCCGUUGUUAUGGCCUGACGACGGCGAGAUUGACAUUAUGGAACAUGUCGGUUUCCACCAGGGAUAUAUCCAUGGAUCUAUUCAUUGUAAAAAAUAUAACCAUGUAAUUGGAACGCAAAAAACAGAUACUAUCGUCGUACCCGAUUGUUCAGAACAGUUUCAUAUAUAUUCAGUGGAAUGGAAUAAAGACUCUGUAAAAGUGGGCGUUGACAAUAAUACCUAUUUCCGUUUUGAGAAUGAAAAAAGUGGAUAUGCCGCGUGGCCGUUUGAUAACAAAAUGCACCUGCUUCUCAAUAUCGCUGUCGGAGGUAACUGGGGUGGUCAGCAGGGCAUCGAUAGCACCAUCUGGCCACAAAGGAUGGAAAUUGACUAUGUACGGGUGUACCAGUAA